UCCUCAUCUGUCCCCCCCCCCUCGUCUCCUCACCCCGACCCCCGCCCACCGAUUCCUCCACGCCACGCGCGCGACAGCGGUGGAGCUGGACGAGCUCCCUGGCGGUGCUUCUCGCUCAACACGCACGCUCCCAGGCCUAGGGUUAGGGACGGGGCUGCCUUCCUCCCCGCAUGGCGCCCGCCGCCGCGGAAACCCUCGCCUCGUUCCCAAUCGCAUCCCCGUCCCGCUCGCUCCUCCGGCCCCUCCCCCGGCGACCCGCCGCCGCCGGGAGAGGCGCCCUAUCGUUCCGGAUAUCCGCCGUGCCGCCGCGGGGCCUCGGGGUGGCGCUCGUGCACCGCCGCGGGCGGCGCUGCCCGCCGGCGGCGCGCGCGAACGUCGAGCGCGACGGCGACGGAGCCGCCGCCUCCGGGAAUGGCGAGGCUUCCUCUGCCGGAGAGGGUGACCGGGACGCGUCUGCGGAGCCGGGGGGCGACAGCACCAGCACCAGCACCACGAGCGCGGCCGCGACGCCGCCGCCGCAGCCAUCAUCGAAGAGGGGGGAGAAUAAGUGGCGGCGGAAGCUGCAUAAGGGAGGCGGCGUCGGGCGGUGGCUGUGGGAGCCCAUAGUGCAGGGGCGGGAGAUGGGGUUCCUCCUGCUCCAGCUCGGCUUCGCCAUAUUCGCGCUCCGCAUGCUGAGGCCGGAGAUCGCCCUGCCUGGUUCGGAGCCCCGGCCGCAGACGACGUACCUCAGUGUACCGUACAGCGACUUCCUGGCGAGCAUAGACAAGGACCAGGUGAAGAAGGUCGAGGUGGACGGUGUGCACAUCAUGUUCCGGCUCCGGCCAGAGGUUGAGGCCCGUGCGGUGAAGCAGAUACCAGCGCAGCGUGGAACAGAUGCUGUUGCUGAUAAUGCUGGAGUUUCCAGGAGAAUUGUAUUCACGACCACUCGACCAGUGGAUAUAAAGACACCAUAUGAGAAGAUGGUGGAGAACAUGGUUGAAUUUGGGUCACCGGACAAGAGGUCCGGCGGCAUGCUUAAUUCUGCCCUGGUGGCUCUUAUUUAUGUUGUAUUGAUUGCAGUAGUUUUGCAGCGGUUGCCGAUAAGCUUUUCUCAGCAUUCAGCAGGUCAGCUGAGGAAUAGGAAGAAUUCAAAUUCCAGCGGAGCAAAAGUUUCCGAAAGUACGGAUAUAGUUACGUUUGCUGAUGUGGCUGGAGUAGAUGAGGCAAAAGAAGAGUUGGAAGAAAUUGUGGAAUUUUUAAGGAACCCAGAAAGAUAUAUUCGUCUUGGUGCUCGUCCUCCUCGUGGUGUCUUAUUGGUGGGUCUUCCAGGGACUGGAAAGACACUCCUUGCAAAAGCCGUAGCAGGGGAAGCUGAAGUCCCAUUCAUAAGUUGUUCAGCUAGUGAAUUUGUGGAGCUAUAUGUAGGCAUGGGAGCAGCUCGAGUACGUGACCUAUUUGCUAGGGCCAAAAAGGAAUCACCGUCGAUUAUUUUUAUUGAUGAGAUUGAUGCCGUCGCAAAAAGCCGUGAUGGUCGAUAUCGCAUUGUCAGUAAUGAUGAACGCGAGCAGACACUAAACCAAUUGCUCACGGAAAUGGAUGGAUUUGACACCAACUCAGCUGUCAUUGUACUGGGGGCAACAAACCGGGCUGAUGUAUUGGAUCCUGCCCUUCGGCGCCCUGGGAGAUUUGACCGUGUAGUUAUGGUUGAAGCUCCUGAUAGGUUUGGAAGAGAAUCAAUUCUUAAAGUUCAUGUGAACAGAAGAGAGCUUCCUCUUAGUAAAGAUGUAGAUCUAGCCGAUAUUGCUGCAAUGACAACUGGUUUUACUGGAGCAGACCUUGCAAACUUAGUAAAUGAAGCUGCUUUGUUGGCUGGGAGAUUAAAUAAAGAAAUAGUAGAAAAGGUCGACUUCAUCCGUGCGGUUGAGCGCUCUAUAGCUGGAAUAGAGAAAAAACAUGCAAAAUUGAAGGGUAAUGAAAAAGCUGUUGUUGCGCGGCAUGAAGUUGGCCAUGCACUCGUUGGAACUGCUGUAGCAAAUCUUCUGCCUGGGCAGCCACGUGUGGAGAAAUUGAGUAUAUUGCCGAGAUCAGGAGGUGCAUUAGGCUUCACGUACACCCCUCCCACCACAGAGGAUAGAUAUUUGCUAUUUGUUGAUGAACUACGUGGCCGUCUGGUAACACUUCUGGGCGGGAGGGCAGCAGAGGAAAUUGUUUUAGCAGGACGAGUUUCUACUGGUGCGCUUGAUGACAUAAGGCGUGCUACUGACAUGGCCUACAAAGCUGUAGCAGAAUACGGUCUUAAUCAGCGUAUUGGCCCAAUAUCAGUUGCUACACUGUCAAAUGGUGGGCUAGAUGACUCGGGCGGCUCUCCAUGGGGAAGGGAUCAGGGCCAUCUAGUUGACCUCGUCCAGCGGGAAGUAAAAUCGCUUUUACAAUCGGCACUUGAAGUAGCUCUUUCAGUUAUUCGUGCUAAUCCUGCAGUUUUGGAAGGACUUGGAGCAUAUUUAGAAGAGAAUGAGAAGGUUGAAGGCGAGGAGCUUCAAGAGUGGCUAAAGUCGGUCGUUGCACCAAAAGAGUUGACCUCUUUUAUCAGAGGACAGCAAGAGCAAGUUCUUCAGCUGGAAUUGGAAGCAGGCUCCUAGCAUCAGGAGUAUACGUUGGACUCCUAAAAUUAAUUACGUAACCAAACUAGCUCUCUAGCUCAGCAAUCAAAACAUACUCGCCGAGUUCCAAGGUAUACAAUGAAAAGCCUACAUGCUGGGAACAGACCUGUGGCCUCGUGGUAGGCUGUUUAACCUCCCACCCACCCGGGCUAAGUCCUACAACUGGCUCGGAUGCCCUCCUACUCAACCAAUCCAGAGCUUCAAGACAAUUUUCAGAAAAGGAAAUCUACAGGCCGAAGUGGUGAUGUAUAUAUCUAUGGUUGCGGUUCCUGGACCCUUGACUACAAAAGAUUCAAGAAAUUAUUCAUAUUGAGCUGUAACGCUGUAACAUCAACCUUUCGAAUAUUGUAAGUGAUUCAGUUUCCCAUGUUGUUCAUAGAUUAGGUGGGUGUUACACAUGUAAAAGAUUUUUUCCUCUAGGUCCGUACUGAAAGAUUUUUUUCCUCCUUUACAUACCAUGUUAGAAAACAUCAAUAGGUCAUUACAUAUAUGGACUAUGGUUCCUGUACUGAUAUACUUUUUUCAAUAUAUGCUGCGGGGCUUCAAUUC